AUGGGUAAGAUUAUGAAACCUGGUAAAGUGGUGCUGGUCCUCAGUGGCCGGUACGCGGGGCGUAAAGCUAUCGUCGUUAAGACCUAUGACGAGGGAACAGCUGAAAAGCCAUACGCUCACGCCUUUCUCGCCGGUAUUGAUAGAUACCCCAGGAAAGUUCACAAGAGGAUGGGCAAAAACAAAAUCCACAAGCGUUCCAAAGUCAAGCCUUUCGUCAAGGUCGUUAACUACAACCACCUGAUGCCCACUAGGUACUCCCUAGACAUCAGUUUUGAAAAGUUCAGUGCUAAGGACUUAAAAGACCCAGCAAAACGCAAGAAGCUACGCUUCAACACAAGAGUGCGGUUUGAAGAGAGAUACAAGAGUGGUAAGAACAAGUGGUUCUUCCAGAAGCUUAGGUUCUAA